AUCGAGACUCGAAAGCGCACCUCCAGAAGCGUGCCACGGGGACGUGUCACAGGUUGUUUGAUUCAGUCCUCUGCAAAGCUCGCAGCCUGAAACAUCUGCUUUAGUGCUCCGCAAUCAACCGCCACGAAAGUGAAUUGUGCAUCAUCGACAUAGAAAAUCAAUUCAAUUCAGCUGCCUCAGUGCUAAACUACUUUUCUCACCAAUUCAUCUUUUUAUUCUCCUUACUUGUUCGAAUUCUUAACCAUGUUCUUUCUUUUCCUUUACGAAGGAAACAAUCAAUAAAAAAAGGACUAAAUUCAUUGAAAAGUUUCAUUAUUCGGUUCGAAAUAGUUGCCUUUAUUAAAAAUUUGGUCGUAUUCAUGUUUUAACAAAAACUAGGAUGCUAUUUACGAGGAUCAUUUAACAGGAUCUUUUUUAUCUGAAAAAGCUGUUAUUUGUGAAGGGACAAUGGGGUCUUCCCUUAGCAUGCUCUGGGGUACAAAUGAUAAUGUUAUCGAUCCUGCCACAAAUUUAUCUGGAAAGCAAAAAAAGCUUGUCUUGAGCACAUGGAAUAUUUUAAAAAAGGAUCCCACUAGCACAGGAGUUGCUAUUAUGACUGCGUACUUCAAAAAAUAUCCGGAGUAUCAAAAAUUCUUUGUCUCUUUCAAAGACAUUCCGCUGGAAGAGCUUCCGGGUAAUCACAAAUUCCAGGCGCAUUGCUUAAACGUGAUCACGGCUUUAGGGAUUGCAAUCGAUGCGAUCAACAAUCCUCCUUUACUGGAGGCAAGCUUGACCAACUUGGGUGAAAGGCAUCGGAAACGCGGACAGACACGAGAACACUUUGACCAUCUCAAAGUGGUGGUUUUGGAAGUUUUGAGCGCAAGUCUUGGUUCAAAAUACACACUAGAAGUUCGAGAUGCUUGGAGCAGAACGCUCGAUACUACUUUCGAAUGCAUCUGUAAAGAACUCUCCUAAUAAUUAUAAAUUACUUUAGAAUGCCUUGGAAUAUAAAUUACCAAGAAAAAACUGACAAAUACGUUCAACGUAAAUGGAAUUGGAAAAUACUGUCGGCCUAUCAAAAUUAUAAUUACUGCGUUAAUAUAGAAAGAAAAUUGAGUCGAAGAAAAAACUCUAUCUAAAUUUGCAUUUAAAUGCAUUUUACCGCUUCUCUUCUACCGUAUUAGCGAAGCCUAUGAAUACUUUCUUUACAAAAAUACUAUUACAAAGACACUAGAAAAUGUAUGUAUUUUACAAUGUGAUCAAAGAGCAGUAAUUUUAGAGCAUUUAAAUGUUAUUAACUAUUCUUACUAUUACGAUUAUAAUAAUUCUACUAUAGUUUUCACAGAUUAAUCAAUAUUUUUUAUUCUUAUAAUUGUCUUAGAUAUACUGUAUAUACUAUGACCUUUAUUAAUUCAUUACAUUGUUUAAAAAAUUACUAAUUGAUUAUAAUUUGUCUUUAUUUUCUAUGUAUGGUAGAAUAUUUGCAUAUGUGAUUGUAUUUUAUAUAUUUUGGGACUUCCUGCAUACGCAGAGGUUGUAUAAACGGAUUUAAUGAUUUUCAAAAUAAUAUUAUAAUUAAUAAUAAAAAAUUAAUAAUUUUAUGUAAA